CCAAUCAGAGCCCCACUCCAGAGCUGCAGCAGGCAAGUGAGGCAGCAACCUGGUGGAUUGGGGAGCGGACUCCACUGAGGUGGACUGGAAGCAGCCGUAGACAUAAGGGGGAGAGCAAAAUGAGGAGGGAGAUUGUGAUCACAGGGCGCCGUUUGCAUACCUUAUCGUCUGUCGGGAUUGGAAAGGGAAAACAGCAUGGCAGCCUGGUUAGACCAGACCAAUGGUUAAAUCUCCCAAAGAUCCUCUGAGCAAAUGAACAGUCUUUACGUCUCCAUUCGACAUGGAAAUAGACCUGGGUUCUACUCCCCAGUGGACAGACUGAAACAAACCAUGGAAUUCAGGAGAAAUCUCUGGACUGAUCUGAUCUGCACCUAGUGCUGUCUUACUGUUGACACGCUGUCGUGGCCUCUGGGUGCGGUGUGUGCCCAAGGUACAGUGGAGGAUUUAAAGAAGCACGUUCUCUACCAUGAGAAUUCCUGCCACCGCUGCCUGCCUCUGCCCUUUGCUGAUCUGCCUGUGCUUUGUCCAGAGGAGCUAUGGGACGACCCACGCCAGGCCCAAUGUCAAAGCACCCAGGAACCAAACCAAACACCCAGACGGCGGGAAAGACGUUCACCACCGGCCCAAGAGGGGCUGGAUAUGGAACCAGUUUUUUGUUUUAGAGGAACACAUCGGACCUGAAGCUCAGCAUGUUGGAAAGCUGCACUCCAACUCAGACAAUGGAGACGGCUCAGUCAGAUACCUGCUGUCUGGAGACGGAGCAGGCACCGUGUUCGUCAUAGACGAGGUCACGGGGGACAUCCAUGCCACCAAGAGCCUCGACCGGGAGAAGAAGGGCCAAUACGUGCUACAUGCCCAGGCCAUCGAUCGGUACACCAACAAGUCACUAGAGCCAGAGUCUGAAUUCAUUAUCAAGGUCCAGGACGUGAACGACAACGCGCCCACUUUUCCAGAUGGCCCAUUCACAGCCACCGUUCCCGAGAUGGCUGAAGUCGGCACAUCAGUGUUUCAGCUCACAGCAACAGACGCAGAUGACCCCACCUAUGGGAACAGUGCCAAGAUUGUGUACAGCAUUCUACAGGGACAGCCUUACUUCUCUGUGGAUCCAAAAACUGGUGUCAUCAGGACAGCCCUGUCCAACAUGGACAGAGAAGCCAGGGAGCGCUAUUCUGUGGUAGUCCAGGCCAAAGACAUGGCUGGCUCAGUGGGAGGGCUGUCAGGCUCCACUACCAUCAAUGUCACAUUGACAGACGUCAACGACAAUCCUCCCAAAUUUCCCCAGAAAAACUAUCAGCUGUACGUGCCAGAGUCUGCUCAGAUUGGAAAAGCUGUGGGUAAAAUAAAAGCCAUUGAUAAGGAUGUGGGCGUUAAUGCAGAGGUGAGGUACAGCAUAACCAACGCUGAAGGGAUGGAGAUGUUCUCUAUCUCCACGGACACAGACCAGAACGAAGGCAUCAUAUCAUUAAGACAGCCUUUGAACUAUGAACAGAAGAAAGUCCACACGCUUCACAUAGAGGGUUUUAACACACAACUGGACCCGCGCUUCUCCCAUCUGGGUCCCUUCAAAGACACUACCACCCUCCGGAUCAUCGUCGGAGACGUGGAUGAGCCGCCUGUAUUCUCCAUGGACUAUUACAUCAUGGACGUGUACGAGAACUCCCCCGUGGGGACGGAGGUUGGCACGGUGACGGCUCAGGACCCUGACAGUACCAAAAGUCCUGUGAGGUAUUUUAUAGACCACAGUGAAACGAACCAGGUGUAUUUCACCAUUGGUGUGAACAGCGGGGUGAUCAAGACCACUCAGAGUCUGGACAGAGAGGACGUGGCCUGGCAUAACAUCACAGUGAUGGCUUCUGAGGUCGACAACCCCAGCCUCGCCAGCCAUGUUCCUGUCACCAUCCAAGUGUUGGAUGUCAAUGACAAUGCUCCCUACAUUGCAAGAGGUGAUGAGAUCAUUGUGUGUGAAAGCUCCAGGGCAGGACAGGUGAUCCAGACAGUGAGACCAUCCGACAUGGACAACUUUGCGAAUGGCCGAUUCUCCUUUGCCCUGCCGAAUGACCUUCCAGUCAAUCCCAACUUCACCCUGAAGGAUAAUGAAGGAGGACCAGGUAGUUUUCCUUGGAUACUGCGUAAAGGAACACCAAUGCGUCAGUGCACAGAUUGACUGGAAAAUGGAUACAUUAGCCUCCCUUUGGCAGUUGACUCUAGUGGAUGUGGUUUGCUCUUGAAAAUGUCUUAAUAAUCCAAUAAUUUAGUGUUAUGAAAAUGAAAUAAGUAUUUGAUUUAGUCAGUGUACUGUGGUAUAAUAUGUUUUUGUAAUGUUUUGUUUUAAUUUUCCAGCUGAUUGGAUUUAUUGACCUACCAAGAAAGGACAUGUGGAUGCAGUGGAAUUUUAGGAACCUAACAGCAGUGUACUCUCCAGCGAGGACGUGAAAUAAAUGUUGUUAGAGCGAUAGAUAGUAAUCUGUGAUUUCCUUCGCUGUAAUGAGAAUCAUUUGGAGGAAGAGAAAUGCUUGAGGUGGUACUAUAUUCUAUUGUCUCUCAAGGGGAGAGUGAAUGAGAGAUAUAUUGGCUCUUUCUUGUUUACCUGUUUCCUCUAGGUGGGCGAGUAGGUACAGUAAUGAAUUUUGACUGGAAGCUUGUGGGCCUGGGCCCCUGCAUGCCAAUAGGAAUCCUAUGUAAAUGAACGCGUCUUCCUAUGCACCCUCCCAUGGGCUAACUCUAUUGGAAUACAUUUGUUGAAAUCCAGAAGGAGGCAAGGGUUGACCCCCCCCCCCCCACCCCCCUUUCCCCUGUCUAUUACCAUCCCAAGUGACGUGCUUUAUCAUGCUCGGUGGUUCUGGCGGAAAAUGAAUCUGCAUUGUGAAGAUGCGGGCCGUGAUCGUGCAUACAAAUGUGUGGCUCUGGGCCGUGAAAAUGAAAAUCUGCUGGAGCCUCUCCAGAAUGAGAAAAGUUGUGGCAGCAGCCGUGCUGGACUUGAUCGAAUACUGUUGGCCGGCGUUAAUAAAGCCUGAAGAGGCAGUCACUAUCUGUUCCCAGUAUUUCCGAAGAGAUAGCGGCAAGAAUGAGUGGAAAACUAUGGGCUUCCUCUGCAAUGUUGAAGAACACUGUAACGUCGAGGAACGUUAACUGUUGCUUUUCUGUACUCUCCUGUGGCUCGCAAUGUUAUUCCAGGGAGAAACAAAAGGUUCCUUUCACACAGCAUAUUUUCGGGAAGUGUUUACAAGGAUUACCUUAAUAAUAUAAAAGAUUUCAGUAAAUAUAAUUAGACGUUCAUUUUCAUUGAGUUGUGCUUUGUCUUUAACUGAAAAACACACUGUAUUUGGAGUAAUGUCUGUGUCGAGCCACGUGGUGGCAUUUUGUCAGUAAAAUCCAUCCAGUGUGCCUCACGUCAUUCCG